AUCUUUACUUAUCUUGCUUCUUUAAUAAAGACUCCAAUUAAAUUAACAAACCAAAUCCAUUUCUUUUAUUAUAUAUCUUAAAACCAUCACUUGCUUAUCACCAAGAUCGGCUUGUCUUCUUCUGAAACUCCCUCCUCAGGCCCUCUAUAAACUCCUAUGCCCACAAUUAUCAUCAUCUACAAGAAGAUAGAGAUAUACAUAGAGAGAGAGAUGAUUAAGCUUGUGAGGUUGAGGAGGCUCUUCAUCGUGAGGAUCAGCAAUUGCAAGGUUAAUGUCGGCGGCGGCGGCGGCGGCUGCAGCCGCGGAGAGGUCGAGUGGGAGCUGCGGCCCGGCGGAAUGCUGGUUCAGAAGAGAGGAGUUGGCGGAUCGAGAGAUGGUGAUGAUGAAGUGAUUCGAGUUAGAGUCUCCAUGGGCUCUCAGUGCCAUGGCAUCUCCAUUGGAGCCACCUCUACUUUUGGAGAGUUGAAGCAGUUGUUGUGGUUGGUGACUGGGCUGAAACCAAGAGAGCAGAGGCUUGUGUACAGAGGCAGGGAGAGAGAGGAUGGGGAUCACCUCCACAUGGUGGGAGUUGGAGACCAGGACAAACUGCUCCUGCUGGAGGACCCAGCCAUCAAGGAGCAAAAAAAGCUUGUUGGGUCCACCACCCCAGCCCAGCUUUUGGGAAUUAACAGCACCCACUGCUACCCACUGCUGCACUGAUUCAGCUCUAAGCUAGGGUUUAGCUAAUUUAAUUAGUGUUAAUUUGCCCCUUUCAUGAAUUAAUCUGGUGAAAAUGAAUGGAGGCUCCCUUUAAUUAUGUAUAGGAUUGUAAAUGUUCUACAUUGCCAGUUAU